GAGAUUCUUAUAUCGAAGGGUAGUCUAGGCACUGUGAAUGUGAAGAGUUAUCAGGCCAGAAUUCUUCAAAUAAAUCACACCUCCUCUCGUGCGAUUAUAAAAGAGAAUUGAUUUCCGUACAUGUUUGUAAGCAGUUGAAUUCAAUCCUUUAGAGUACAGUUCUUUCAAAACACGAGAUCUGGCCACAAUUUAAGUAGUUGAAAUCGACUGCUGCCAAAUCUUUCAUGCCCCAAACAUGCCGUAAACCUUCCAAUUAAAACGGUUUUGCAUGUAAAUGGAUGCUCUUUUGAAUCCCUAACUCGCUAUCUCUACUCACUUUGACUCCUCCCAGACCUACUCCAAAUGGCCAAUAACCCAACCGAACCUCCAACCGAUGAUUUCCUGCAGGAAAUUCUUGGGAUGCCUAAUUUUGCUUCAGCUGAAGCUGGCUUGGUUGGAGCUGACGCUGGCUUGGCUGGCACUGCUUCUGUUCAAGCUCCUAUGAUGCUUCAGCUUAGCUCCGGUGAUGGUUCCGGCCACAUCUCCGCACUCGGCGGUGCUCCUGGAGGCGGAGGCGCGGGAUUUCACGGGUUUCCACUGGGGCUUAGCUUGGAGCAGGGGAAGGGAGGGUUUCUGAAGCCCGAGGAGGCGUCCGGGAGUGGGAAUCGGUUCCGUGAUGAUAUUGUUGAUGGUAGAGUUAGAAAUGUUUUUCAUGGUCAACCAAUGCCCACAACAGUCACUGCAGCUACACAUCCACCAGCAAUGCGCCCAAGGGUACGGGCUAGGCGAGGCCAGGCCACAGAUCCUCACAGUAUUGCUGAACGGUUGCGCAGAGAAAGAAUAGCCGAAAGAAUCAGGGCAUUGCAGGAGCUGGUUCCUAGCGUGAACAAGACGGAUCGAGCCGCCAUGCUUGAUGAAAUUGUGGAUUAUGUGAAGUUUUUAAGGCUUCAAGUAAAGAUAUUAAGCAUGAGUAGACUGGGCGGAGCUGGUGCUGUUGCGCCACUUGUAACGGACAUCCCACUAUCACCAGUUGAGGAUGAAACUGGCGAAGGCGGAAGAAACCAACUGGCGUGGGAGAAGUGGUCAAAUGAUGGCACUGAAAGACAGGUAGCUAAGCUAAUGGAGGAAAAUGUUGGUGCUGCCAUGCAGUUUCUCCAAUCAAAGGCUCUUUGCAUCAUGCCCAUCACACUAGCCACUGCAAUUUACCACACACAACCACCAGAUACCACUACUAUUGUGAAACCAGAAACUAACCCCCCGUCAUAGAACCGUGGAAAGGGGGGAGCAUCCCGCGGUCCCGUUUAAAAGUCACCAAAUGCUUAGGGUCCCACUCCUUAUUUGUCCCGUUUCAACCCCCACGAUCAAAUGUUCCCCGAGUUUCAAAUUGCAAUCAAAGUCAGAUGCCAUAGUUCUUGCUUUUUCCUUUUCUUUCCAGCCUUUUUUUCAAAACGGGGUUCGAUGUCUAUGCCUAAAAAAAUGCAGGCGCUCUGCAAGUUCGAGUGAGAGGAGACUUUUCAAAGCUCGCAUGACAUGCUCUUCUUUUGGAAUCAGUGGUGGGGGAGUGGAAAAUGAUGAAAGCACUUUUCUAGUGGAGCUCAAUUUUUUUGUAGUGGGUUGUGGGACCUUGUAAAAGAGGUAGACUGAAAGUAAAUACUAUUAUUGUAGUAGUGUAUUUCAGAGGAAAUGGAAUGCAAAGGUAGAUGUCUGGUUGUUUCAA